GCCCCCGAACCCAGCUGCAGAAGCUGCCGCCACCUCCAAUGCACAAGGUGUCUCAUCUGAAAAGAAACCUGAGCCCCAGGGAGGAGGCGCUGAGCGACCCUGGCAGAGCUGGCGCGAACGGGGCGAGAGGUCGCUGGGCAGCGCUGGAGGACAGAGGGAGCUCGGCCACAGAAGACCCCAGCGAUCUGAUCCUGGGAUCCCGGCUCCAAGCUCUCCUCGCAUUUUACAGAUUUCAACCCCGCGACUAUCUCCCCAAAACGGAGUCUUUAUAUCAAGAGAAGGUGCCGGAGCUGGGGCAACCAGGACUUUCCCGGGCACCCAAGAUGCGUUCCAUUAGGAAGAGGUGGACGAUCUGCACAAUAAGUCUGCUCCUGAUCUUUUAUAAGACAAAAGAAAUAGCAAGAACUGAGGAGCACCAGGAGACGCAACUCAUCGGAGAUGGUGAAUUGUCUUUGAGUCGGUCACUUGUCAAUAGCUCUGAUAAAAUCACUCGAAAGGCUGGCUCUUCAAUCUUCCAGCACAAUGUAGAAGGUUGGAAAAUCAAUUUCUCUUUGGUCCUAGAGAUAAGGAAGAACAUACUUCGUUUCUUAGAUGCAGAACGAGAUGUCUCAGUGGUCAAGAGCAGUUUUAAGCCUGGUGAUGUCAUACACUAUGUGCUUGAUAGGCGCCGGACACUAAAUAUUUCUCAUGAUCUACAUAGCCUCCUACCUGAAGUUUCACCAAUGAAGAAUCGCAGGUUUAAGACCUGUGCUGUUGUUGGAAAUUCUGGCAUUCUGCUAGACAGUGAAUGUGGAAAGGAGAUUGACAGUCACAAUUUUGUAAUAAGGUGUAAUCUAGCUCCUGUGGUGGAGUUUGCUGCAGAUGUGGGAACUAAAUCAGAUUUUAUUACCAUGAAUCCAUCAGUUGUACAAAGAGCAUUUGGAGGCUUUCGGAAUGAGAGUGACAGAGAAAAAUUUGUGCAUAGACUUUCCAUGCUGAAUGACAGUGUCCUUUGGAUUCCUGCUUUCAUGGUCAAAGGAGGAGAGAAGCACGUGGAGUGGGUUAAUGCAUUAAUCCUUAAGAAUAAACUGAAAGUGCGAACUGCCUAUCCAUCAUUGAGACUUAUUCAUGCUGUCAGAGGUUACUGGCUGACCAACAAAGUUCCUAUCAAAAGACCCAGCACAGGUCUCCUCAUGUAUACACUUGCCACAAGAUUCUGUGAUGAAAUUCACCUGUAUGGAUUCUGGCCAUUCCCUAAGGAUUUAAAUGGAAAAGCGGUCAAAUAUCAUUAUUAUGAUGACUUAAAAUAUAGGUACUUUUCCAAUGCAAGCCCUCACAGAAUGCCAUUGGAAUUCAAAACAUUAAAUGUGCUACAUAAUAGAGGAGCUCUAAAACUGACAACAGGAAAGUGUGUAAAGCAAUAAAGCACAUUUUGAAACAAACAAUAUGCACUUCUUUUCUGAAGAUGCUUCCGGAGAUUUGAAAAUAGGAUCCAAAACACGGCUGGGUUUCAGCAUCCACCAAUUAACUGAAAGGUGAAUAAAGGACGUUCAUGAGAAAUCGACUACCAGCUGACGAAAUACCUGCAAAGUGCUCUAAAAAUUAAAUAUUUUGACUUCAAGGGUCCUAGUAAGUGCCACUUCCACUAAGAAUACAGUUUGAAUGUAUAAUCAGUAGUGUUUACAAGAUCCAACAGUGCACUCAUCAUUAGUUAACAAAGCAAAUAUGUUUAUCACUGUCAGGCUGCCCACAGCAACGCCAAGCACAUCAGAAGAGGAACCCCAGGAACAUAACUCUGACCUUGGGAAAUUAAACCAUCCUUGUCAGCAGAAACCAAGAUGGAAGCAGUUUGAGCAAUGAAAUCCAUAAGAUUAAACAACUCAAGUAAAUGCCUUCAGUCAGGACUCUGAGUCUGAUCAUGAAUUUUAUGUUUUAAUUUAUGUUUUUGUUUGUCUCCUGGGAUCUCUUUUGUUUUGGGUAUUAGGGUGCUUAGAAAUCCUUUCUGAGAUACAUAUGAAUGAGGAAAGAAACUUUAAGUAAUUAUUUUUAAAGUUCUUAUACUUUUUAAAAGCUAUCACACAAAGAUUU